CUUGGGCCAGCCUUGGUAGGGGUGGGGGUGGGGAAUCGCAGGCCGACUGCGAGCAGGAUGGCGGCUCAAAUUCCAAUCGUGGCUGCCACUCCUACCCCCGCCAUAGCUAGGAACAGCAAGAAGAGGCCAGCUAGCCCUUCCCACAACGGCAGCGGAGGGGGUUAUGGCGCUAGUAAGAAGAAAAAGCUAUCUGCUUCUGGCUUUGGUCAGGGUGUCAGCAUUGAAGCCAUGAGUGAGAAUAAAAUGGCAUCCUCUGAGUUUAGCUCGGGGCCUCUGGAAAAAGCUGCCAAACCGCUGCCAUUUAAGGAUCCCAACUUUGUGCACUCAGGCCAUGGUGGCGCAGUAGCUGGCAAGAAGAAUAGAACCUGGAAGAACCUCAAACAGAUCCUCGCUGCUGAAAGGGCGUUGCCAUGGCAACUGAAUGAUCCUAACUACUUUAGUAUUGAUGCUCCACCAUCCUUUAAGCCAGCUAAGAAAUAUUCUGAUGUUUCAGGCCUCCUUGCCAACUACACAGAUCCUCAGAGCAAGCUGCGGUUCAGCAGCAUUGAAGAGUUUUCCUACAUUCGAAGGCUGCCGUCUGACGUGGUCACAGGCUACCUGGCCCUACGGAAGGCCACGAGCAUUGUUCCCUGAGAAGUGGAGAUGGAGUGGGAGUGACCUCAGAUCACAUUGCACUUGUGACCUUGUUUCAUAGAAACAAGCAUUUCUGCUGUCACCUGAAAAUGUCAGCUCUGUGCCUUGGAAAGAACGUCUGGCUUUACUGUGAGGAUUUUUCUGGGUUUGUGUGUGU